AUGGCGGAGCCCCUGAGGAAGCGCGGGCGGCGGCCCCGAGCCGGCGGGGCCGGCCGCGGUGCUCGCGGGGCCCGGGGCGGCCGGGGCCGGCGUCCUCGCACGCAGCGGUCUCCGGCCCGGCGCACCUUGGACUCGGUGCUGGUGGACUUGGUCAGCGAGAGCGAUGAGGAUAUCGUGGAGGUCGAAGCGGCGCGCGGCGCCGCGGACCCGCCCGAGGUCCCGCUCCCGGAGCCCCCGGUGCCGGCCGCGCCUCGGGGCGACAGCGACAGCGACAGCGAAGGGGCGGACGCACGGCCGGAUGACGCCCCCCGGGCCCCGGUGCGGCGGCGGCGACGGCUGCUGCUGGAUCCCGGGGAGGCGCCGGCGGUUCCGGUGUACUCGGGGAAGGUGAAAAGCAGCCUCCAUCUCAUCCCAGAUCACCUGCCCCUCCUGAAACUCUGCCCCCCAGGGACUGAGGAAGACACAGACAUGGCAGAGUCUAAUAGUUCCCGUGCUGAGGAGCCCCCUUUGCUAGAUUAUCCCUGGAAGAAGCAGCUAAGGAACGAGGAUGAAGAAGAGAAGAAAACAAUAUUUCUGUCUCAAGAUGUCUCGCCACUGCCCACACCUUUGUCAAGGACCAAAAGCAGAAAACAUACUCGGGCACUCCAGAAGCUAAGGGAGGUGAACAAGCGCCUCCAAGAUCUCCGAUCCUGCCUGAGUCCUAAGCAGCGCCGGGGCCAGGACCUCCUGAGCCAAGAGGACGAGGUGGUCCUAGUGGAGGGGCCCACCCUUCCCGAGAAUCCCCGCCUCUUCCCCCUCAAAAUCCGUUGCCGGACUGACGUGGUCAGAUUGCCUGUCAGAAUGUCGGAGCCCCUACAGAGUGUGGUGGACCACAUGGCUGCCCACCUUGGGGUGUCCCCAAGCAGGAUCCUCUUGCUCUUUGGAGAGACAGAGCUGCCCCCUACUGCCACUCCCAGGACCCUAAAGCUUGGAGUGGCUGACAUCAUCGACUGUGUGGUGCUAGCAAGUUCUCCGGAGGCUACAGAGACAUCCCAGGUGCUCCAGCUGCGGGUGCAGGGGAAGGAGAAACACCAGAUGCUGGAAGUCUCGCUGUCUCCAGAUUCUCCUCUCAAGACCCUCAUGUGCCGCUACGAGGAGGCCAUGGGACUCUCAGGCCACAAGCUCUCCUUCUUCUUUGAUGGGACAAAGCUCUCAGGCAAGGAGCGGCCAACUGAUCUGGGCAUGGAAUCUGGGGACCUCAUUGAGGUCUGGGGCUGAAACCCCACUCCCUGUUUGCAGGCCCAGCCUGGACUUGGGGGGGACUCUCCCUCUAUGGCCCUAUAAGGGCUGACAUAAGCUGAUGCAGCAGGAGUGAUCUUUGGCCUCCUCUCCUCUGACCCUGGCUUUAAGCCAUUAGUUCCCUGGUUUAUUGUGGGGUUGUUACUCUGGGUGGACUGUGGCUCCAGCCAUGAUGUACUGAGCUUUGCAGCCUCUUGGGACACAGAGAUGUCUUCCCUCACUUUUCAUGUCUACCGUCACCCUUUCCUUCAUUGAAACGUCUGUCCUAUGAAGCUGCUCAUAUUUAAAGAGUGAACUGAAAUAUAUGAGGGUUGGGUAUGGGGUUCCAGGCCACGGCCUUAGUGUUGUUUGGGGGCAGAGGGUGAAGUUUGCUUGCAGUGCAUGUACAGAUGUGGGUCCUUAGCUUGCAGAAAAUCCAUGGUCCUGCUCACAUGUGCGUUAGCUUAAGCAUAGGCAGACAGUGGGCUACUCUGUGGCCCUCAGUCUUGGUUAUCUUUCUCAGCUGCCUUCCUGGUACACACACAUUCUUUAAGGCAUAUCAACACAUUCCACCUUUUUGUUUUAAGUCUCAGGAUUAUGGUCCAUGCAAAGCUUUUCCACUUUUAUGGCUUUGCUUUCUUCACACCGUCCUCACCCAUAAGCACCCAUUCUAGAGUGUUAAUUACAGGCUUUUGAAUAUGAAUGUAUCCUUGUAAAAUGUGUUAUUAGUGUGACUACUUUUUACAUGUUUCAUCAUUUUGUAGACAUUACGCUGUUGCUUAUUUUGCAUCUGCUUUGUUGCUUUGAACUGCCCUGUGGUGUUUCUACAGUGGGGUCCCUGUGUUGUACUUGCACCUUUGCUAGGUUGUGGACCCCUGCGGCUUCCAAAUCCCCGACACAUAUGCAAGGCCACCCUGUCAUGUGUUGCCUCCUGUGCUAGUGUGAAAAGUUCUCUGGCCCAGGUACCCAGGAGGGAAUGGUGGGCCAUACUGGUUAGUUUCUAAUUUCUUUUUAGCAUGAUCAUUGACACCCCUCAUCCCCACUGAGACACCCCACAUCUCAUCCUCUCUAGCACUUGCUAUUGCCCCACUUCCUAAUUUUUGCCAGUUUAAUGGGUAUAAAGUGGUACGGUGUUUUAAUGUACAUUCCUCUAAUAACUGGUAAUUUUGGGAAUUUCUUCAUCUAUCAAUCUUCUGGUUUCCCUUUCUCUAAACUGCUCAUUUAUCUUUGCUUAUUUUCUUAUAGGGGCUUCCUGUUAUUUUUUUAGUUUAUUCUCAAGAGUUGCUCUUAUGUUUCUGGGCAGUUGGUACUUGUCCUUGUAUACCUAGGGGUAUCCUUCAUUGCACAGAAAUUUUUAAUGUAGAUGAAUUAGUUAUUUUGUCAUUUGUUGCUUUUGGAUUUCUUAUUUAAAAGUAAUUAUCAGGAUAAGGUAAUUAAAAGCUAAUAGGAAUUUGUCUUAUAAAAAGAGUAAUGUAGAAUAUAUAAUAUGACCACACACACAAAAAAAGUAGUUAUUUUACAUUUUUUCCUGUUAGCUUACUAGUUUCUCCUUUCAUAUUCACGCGCUCAUGAGGGCUGAAGUCCAGCAUGUGCUGGUGCGUGUGCUGGUGUGUGUGCUGGUGGGUGUGCUGGUGUGUGUGCUGGUGCGUGUGCUGGCUGCCAUCUGGUCUGCACGGUCAAACAACUAUUCUCAUUGGUUGAUGCCAAGCUGUAUUGGCUGCUAAAAAUUGACCUAUGACUUCUAAAUUAUUGAUCAUUUAUACCUUUGCGGGAGCCAGGUUUUAUUUUUGCCAUAUGAUGAGCCAGUUUUCUGAGUGCUGUCUACUAAUAAAGCCAUUAAUUUUCCACUGAUGUAUAAUUUUGGCAAAAGUAUGUUACCUUCCUAAAAUUUUUUUUUGUUGGAAUGUGGCAUUCCUUUGUACUUAUAAUGCGGGGGAAAAAAUAGAGAGCUUUAUCACAUUUAAAUAGUCCAUGAUAUGGUGUAACCCUUUUUUUUUCCUUCAGAUUUCUUAUGUUCGUUGUUUGAAUACAUUAAUGUAUUCUGUCUCAACAGAAUAAAUGGAAAUACAUUCAACUUGUGUAUACUUGAGGACUUCUGUCUUUGUGACCCUCACGAGGACCCCCUCCCCAUGUCCCCUGAGACAAUUAGUUGUCCCUCAUCCAUUCUUUUU